AGGAAAUUGCAUUUCGCCCGGGGAGAGCUCACCAGUUUGAUGGUGGGUCGCAGCCUCUCUCGUACAGGCGGAAUCUUUCCUCUGGCGAUUUGAACGAACGAUCUGCGAACAAACCACAAAAACCAAACUCCAUCCCGAUUGCUUCGCCAUUCCAUCUCUCCUCCCGAGCACGGACGACUCGUUUCCCUCUCAAGCUCGCGUACGUACGGAGAUUGCAGUUUGCAGAUUCGAUCGAUCAGCCGAGAGAAGAGCCUGAUGGAAACGAACAAAGGGGAAGACGCUGGCGGUUGUCCUCAGGUCCCCCAUCAAAACCCUAGUCCGGGCCCUAGCCCGAGCCCGAACCCUAGCCGGAGCGCAGGAUCGAGGGGGAAGUCGUGCAAGGGAUGCUUGUUCUACUCCUCCGUUCUCAAGUCCAAAUCUCAGCCCCCUACCUGCGUCGGCCUCUCCCGAACUCUCCCUGAAGUGCCUACCUCUGUUGUGGGAGAAUCUGAGUUCGAAGCUAUCCAAGAGGGCCGGAAUCUGAAAGAAUUCAAAUAUGCCUGUGUUGGUUACUCUGUCUUCUUGGAGAAAAAUCAUCAAUCUUCAGAUCUGAAGGAUAGACAAGCAGAGCUUCCCUUGUGUAUUGGUCUUGAGGUUCUGUUAGAUAAAAGAACAACACCUGCUGAGAAUGUUCCUGCGAACCUACAUAAAAAGGAAGAUGGUCAUGCUUUUCCUCAACGGCGGAGUUACAAGCCAGCAAUUUCUUCUGGCGAUGAUUACUUGAGUAGGUUUAGGAGAAAUGCAAGUCUGGUUGCAUCUGGUGUUGCCAGGAACGUGAAUAGAGUAGGAAACUACAUAAAAGAGAGUCUGGAUGAUAUUUUCCAGCCUUAUCGGAGGCGACCGAAGUGAGGUUGGCAGAUCUUGGCGGCGUAGUUGAGGAAUGGGCAACUUGCUGGACGCCGAAUUUGACAGAAUCCCAGUUUCUCUGAUACAGAGUUAUUUAUAGUACAUCCUUUGCCGAGAAGGGCCAAGUUCAAUUUUUGUAAUAAAUGAGUUUUGACGAGUAUACUUAAGAUUCUACUAAGUUUUGAAAAUCCCCGAGGCUUCAGUUUUGCACAA